UUAUUGUGACGUUGAUUCAGCCCUGCCCCUCUUUCCUGCAUGAGAAUUAAUUGUGGUUGACAAAAUGGCUGGUAGUGGUCGCAGUCGACUGUCCAUGUUCGAACUGAUACAAGAUGGGAUUCUCACACCGGGAGAGAAGCUACUCACUUUUGAUUACAUGGGUCACAGAUGCGAGGCAGACCUUCUCCCCGACGGCCUGAUCCAGUGGGAAGGCUCCACCUACUCAUCUCCGUAUGCCUGGGCCUCACAAUGCAAGAACCUCGUCAACCCUGAUCAUAAAUCUGGCAUUGGAUGGGGACAUAUUCGCUACAGAGGCAUCAAGUUGAGCCAGUAUAAGAGCGUGUAUCUGAAGAGACAUCGACUAACUUCUGCUGAUGUACAGGACUCAUUCUCCGCUCCUGACACACCCUCCCCAACUACGGACAAACAGCUGGUCAAGAAGCGCAGACGAAGGAAGCAAGAUGGUGAAACAAGCUCCCAACAAGAUUCAGUCGCUGGCGGACAUGGGUUGCCUAGCAACCAAGUUGUACAAGUGGGCAACGGAGGAGGUCAGAGUUCAGUGGGGAUGGUGGUCCAGCAACCAGUGCAGACAGUAACACCAGAGUCAUACAUUGCAAGCGCCCCUGUGUUGUCAAUAACAACAAGCUCCACCCCCGAGUUGCUGCAGUGUACACCGUUUGAGACUCUUGGAUUACAGCAGCCGUUUGAAGUGAGAGUCUCCUCCAAUGCCCUCAUGAUGAUGGACUUUCAUGCUCACCUCAAUGUAAACGAGGUGAUGGGAUAUCUGGGUGGAGCCUAUCACAGUGACACUAAAUGUCUGGAAGCACUGCAAGUGUUUCCGUGUCGAUGUGAUAUCAACGAUUUGGAGGAGACUGCAAAGAGAGAAAAAGAAAUUCAGGAACAGAUGUUGAGCCGAGGUCUGGAGUUGGUUGGUUGGUACCACAGUCAUCCCGUUUCCCUACCUAAUCCCUCCCACAACGAUAUCCUCUCUCAGCGCAUGUACCAGUACAAGAUGAUGACGUCAGGGGGAGAGGAGCCGUGUGUGGGGGUUGUCGUUGGUCCUAACCACGGUGGUAAGAGAGAGGGAGAGGUGUCCUUGUUUGAGAUGUUCUGGGUGCUCAUGGUCCAGGGGGACGACCUCAGGGCGUCCCCAAUGAAACUGAGCUACUCCACCCAGUGGGAGCAAUACCUUACUCAGGAGAUAGUGGACGAAAUGUACACAUCAGGGUGUCAUACAGCAGGGGAGGAAAGGGGGAAUAUCCCCCCCCCCCCCGGCUCAAAUUCCCUGCCCCUGAACAUUUCCAGGGGAACAUGCCCCUGGGUUCCCUUAGCCAGCGACACACUCUGCGUGCCUUAUUCCCCCCAUGUAAGUAUAACACCCUGCAUAUGCAUAUACUUACACUGACAAGUACACUAUAUAUUGGUGGCGGAUCUUAUUAGUAAACCCAUGCACUGCCAUAAUUAUAAUUUGAUUUUGUACCAUGAUGUGUUCUGACACUGAGGAAUAUCCAUUGAAACUCUCAGGAUACUCCAGGGUACACAAAAAAUGGUCAGCCUAAAGCCCUCCCUCCACCUCUCUUUUAAAGAAUACUACCCUGACAACAAUUGUGGAAAGCACAAAAAUUUUUCAGUAUCCACUACCCACCCUCAUUGUAAAUGUGGUUUGUCA